CUUCCGCAACAACAAUCACCGUUCCAUCACGCACACCAGGCAACGCCAACGGUCGUCGAUGCCCCUAAAUCAACCACAACAGGCAACACCAAGACUGAUACGUUGGAACACCUUCUUCUCCACUGCCCACGAUUUCAUAGCGCUCCCGUCAAACUAGAGAGUGCUGUUCGUAGGCUGAAUAUUUCCGCCACACGAUUCCUUUUCUCCUUGACUGGGCAGGUGCGAGAGACAAAGUCGUUCGUUUUGACAUCCUUCGCCAUACCUUCCGGUUCAUUCAGUGUGUCCGUGGCUCGAAGAGACAGUAGGGUGUGUGGUCUGAAGAGACUGUAGGGUCUGGGGGGCCUGAAGAGACUAUAGGGAUCCUAUUCCUUGCUAUUUUCCGGUAUCGGGCAGCCGGGGCGUAUCUGAUCUCUCGAUCGGCGUCGCCCCUCAAAUCAACAACAAGAAAAGUUAAUUACCCAACGCAGUAGGAGUGUUGUGCUUUCAGGAGACGCCCCCAUGUCAGAAGAAGACGCCGGUCAUCAGGAGGAGGUGGUGGUGGUACCAGUUUCAGAAAAUGUACAAACCAUAAAGAAGGUAAAACCUCAACAGUGUCCAGAGUGUGGCAAAAUAUUGAGUCAUCAAGGGAGUUUGAAGACUCAUAUGACGGUGCAUACAGGUGAAAAGUCUCACAAGUGUGUAGUGUGUGGGAAAAAAUUCAGUCAAUUUGGAAAUAUGAAGAGGCAUAUGACGGUUCAUACAGGUGAUAAAUUGUAUGAGUGUCCAGAGUGUGGCAAAAAAUUCGGUCAUCAUGGAAGUAUGAAGACGCAUAUGACAGUGCAUACAGGUGAUAAGGCGCACAAGUGUCCAGAGUGUGGGAAAAACUUCAGUCGUCUUGAUAAUAUGAAGGCUCACAUGUUAGUGCAUACGGGUGAUAAACCUCAAGAGUGUCCAGAAUGUGGUAAAAGAUUCAGUCAUCUGGGAAAUAUGAAGACUCACAUGCUGGUGCAUACUGGUGAUAAAACUCACAUUUGUCCAGAGUGUGGGAAAAGCUUUGGCCGUCUUGGAACCAUGAAGGCUCACAUGUUGGUGCAUAAAGGUGAUAAACCACAUAAAUGUUCAGAGUGUGGAAAAAGCUUCAGUCGUCUUGAUAAUAUGAAGACUCACAUGCUAGUGCAUUCAGGUGAUAAACUGCAUGAAUGUCCAGAAUGUGGGAAAAAAUUCAGUCAACUUCAACAUAUAAAGAGGCAUAUGUUGGUUCAUACUGGUCAAAGAUUGCACGAGUGUGCCGUGUGUGGGAAACAAUUUAAGCACCGUAAAAAUAUAAUACGUCAUAUAUUAGUGCACCCCGGGGACGAACCUCAAAAGGCACCAGAUGAUGUGGAUGUUGAAUAAAUCUUGAGUACCAUAAGCUGUACAGUAUUAUCUCCAUACAUAACUUCUCACUAAUCCCAUAUUCCAUAUGGAAACUCGGCUUCACAUUUAAAGUACAUUGCUAUUACUGUGUUAGAUGCCCCUACAAAGAGAUAUGGAAAUUUUGUGGUUCAUUUAAAAAAUACUGUAAUAACACCAUGUUAUUUGGAAGUUGCACAAAAUUAUUUUUGUUUGUAUAUUGUUGUGUGAAAAAAAUGCUUGGCUGUGGAAGGCAAAGCUCUGCAGGAUUAGUAUUUAAGUUGCUUUUUAUCUUUUGCUCUUUAGUCAAAUUUAGAUUUACCUCAUCAACUAAGCAAGAUAAAACAAUGGAAAAAAUGAUGGUCUUUUCAUAUUUUGUUUCAAUUAAACUUUUAAUUUAAAUUGUUUUAAGAAAUAGAUUUAAAAUAUUAUAGUCCAGUGGUUUCCAACCUGUUCUUGGCAGACUCCCAGGGGUUUGCAAAAGUCGUACAGUAUUAGAGUAGUUUUGCUACUAAUAAUGUAGUUUUGCAAAAGUAGUAAACCCAAGCUAAUUUAAAAAUGUCAUCCUCCCGAUACCAAUAACAAAUGGAAUAGGGAUCAGAUUUAUGUAGAUAUGCAAAAUGUAAAAAAAAUUAACUGCAUAUGAAGAAAACAGUCUUGUUGAACUUUGAUGUGAUAACUCACUGAAGUUACAUUUCAUUCAGUACAACUUAUCAAACUUUUGGUUGCAUGUGAUAAUGAGUAUUGUACCUAGAACUGGCAUCCAAAGCACUGAGAUAUUUAAUGCUAUUCCUCACUGCAUACUUAUGUGAACAGGCUUUCUCCCAGCUGUUUUAUAUUAAAAAAAAUUCAGAAACAGGAUGAAUGUGGACCUUUAUCUAUGCCUAAAACUGUCUGGCAUUGAAUCUCAAAUUUGGAACAUAGUGUCAACACAGCAGCAUCAACCAUCUCAUUCAUCAAGCCUCAAGUUAAAUACUGUAUAAUUUAUAGUGUUCCGUAUAGACGUAUAUGCUGCUAGAUACAAGACGCCGAUAUUGAUUUCAUAGGUUUAAUUUAUUAUUUUGGUUGAUUAACAAUGUGUAGUUAUAGUUUAUAAAUUAUUAGUACAUAAUAUUUAUUAAUAGAAUAAAGUGUUAUUCAUAACUCAUAGGCUUUAUGCCCCCAUUAACUAUUAUUUAGAACUUGCAUGACAGUUUUCAAUACAUGUUCACUCACUAUAACAAGUAGAAUUAUAGAACUUAUUUAACAGUUACCUUUACAUACAAGGUAGAACUUGACAGUUUUCUUUAGUAUGUUCUGUAUCGACCUAUAUGCUACUAGAUACAAGAUGCCAAUAUUAAUUUGAUAGUGUUUAAUUUAUUAUUUUGAUGGAUUAGCAAUGUACAGUUAUAGCCUAUUAAUUAUUAGUAUAUAAUAUUUAUUAAUAGAAUAAGGUGUAAUUCUUGACUUAAAGGCUGUAUGCAUCAUUAAUUAUUAUGUAGAACUUGCAUGAUAAUUUUCAAUACAAGUUCACUUCACUCACUAUAACAAAACAGUAUUAUAGAACUUGACAGUUUUUUUUUUACUUUACAUUCAAUGUCACUGUUCAUUCUCUGUAACUCAGAGUAUUAUAGAACAUACUUGAUAGUUAUCUUUAUAAGGUCAUUCUUCACUCAGCUGUAAUUAGGAGUAUUAUAGAGCUUACGUAACAGUUACCUCUACAAAAAAAAAAAGUUACUGUUCAUUCACUGUGACUAGGAGUAUUGUAGAACUACUUGACCUUGUAUGUAGUUAUCUCUACAUGCAAGUGACCUUGUUGGUAGAGAUAACUGUCAGGUAAGCUCUAUACUAUGCCUAGUUACAGCGAAUGGACAGGGACCUUGUGCUUAGGAAAAACCUGUUAAAUAAGUUUUAUAUACUCCUUGUUACAGUAAGUGAACAGUAUAACCUUGUAUGUAGAGAUAACUACAUACAAGGUUACUGCUCACCCACUGUAACAAUGAGUUUUACAGAACUUAGAGGCAGUAAACUCUUCAUACAAGGUCUCUGAUGACUCACUGUAACUUAAUGUUCUUAUAAUUAGUAUAUAAUUGUUCAUG